UUUACAAUCUUGCCAGUUUUAUUUGAUUGUGAGAAGUGAGGCUGUUAAAAUGCUGGUUGCUGGUGUUUUUCUAUUCCUCAUUGUUGUCUGGUUUUCUCUCCGUGUUCUACGAAGUUAUUCGAAAUCACUGUCAGAUUGCAAAAACUUACCAUGCAUGAAGAGUUGGUAUAUAAUCGGCGAUAUACCUAAAGUACACGGAAAUAAUAGAGACUGUUUUAAGAGGGUAAUGAAAUGCCUUGAAGAAUUUCGAGAAAAUGGCCUACUUUGCUUCUGGACAGGUAUCCAGCCUUCUGUUUUUGUUUUCAAAGAUGAAUAUAUACAGAGUGUAAUUGGAAGCACGAAACACAUGGAAAAAAAUCUUUUCUAUACAUUUUUACAUCCCUGGUUAGGAAAUGGUUUGUUAACGAGUUCAGGAUCCAGAUGGUUUAAAUCGAGGAAGAUGUUGACGCCAUCCUUCCAUUAUAACAUUUUAAACAAUUUCCUUACCGUAAUGCGAAAUCAGUCCAAUAUUUUUGGUGAUAAACUGAGCGAAAUGGUCGGCAAGGGCGAAUUCAAUAUUAUUCCGUUUAUUGUAAAUUGUACAUUGGAUAUUAUAACAGAGACUGCCAUGGGUCAUUGCGUGAAUGCACAAGAUGAUGAUGGGAAUUCAGAAUACAUCCAGAGUGUUAAAAGGAUAUCUGAUAUCAUUGGUUAUCAACUACAAUCUCCGUGGUUAUGGCCAGAUCUUAUCUUCAAUUUGCAUCCAUUGGGGAAAGAAGCAGCCAAAUGUUUAAAAGUCCUUCACGAUUUUACCAAUAAAGUGAUUAAAGAACGCGAGGAACUCUAUCUAGAAAACCUGAAGAAAAACCCCGACAAUAAAGAUGAAGGGACGUAUGGAAAGAAAAAAAUGAGCUUCUUAGAUACUCUCCUUGAUAAAUUGCAUGAAGGGGAAAUAGACAAAACGAUGUUGAGAGAAGAGGUGGACACAUUUAUGUUCGAGGGUCAUGAUACAACGACAGCAGGAAUUACAUGGACUUUAUAUUUCAUAGCCGCUUAUCCAGAUGUACAAAAGAAGCUUCAGAAAGAAGUCGAUGAUUUUUAUGAUGAAAAUGAAGAACCUACACUGACCAACCUUAGGAAACUAGUUUAUCUGGAAUGUGUUAUGAAGGAAGUUCAACGGCUUUAUCCAUCAGUUCCUCAAAUCGGACGGGUGGCUGCUGAGGAUUUCAAACUUGGUCCAUAUGAAGUAAAGAAAGGUACAGCUAUCUCAAUAAUGAUUUCUGCUCUACAUAGAGAUCCCAAAAACUUCCCUGACCCGGAUAGAUUUGACCCUGAUAGAUUUCUUACAGAAGAUAACAACAUUCAUCCCUACGCCUUCAUACCAUUUUCGGCAGGACCUCGUAACUGUAUAGGACAAAGAUUUGCUACGAUAGAAGAGAAAGUCAUAUUAUCACAUAUCGUCCAGAGAUUUAAUCUUGAAACAACACAAAAGAGAGAAGAACUUGAACCCUCUUCGGAAUUAGUACUCAAACCUUUUAAUAGCGUUCGUGUCAAAUUAACCCAUCGAUAAUUGUUGUAAUAAUAUACACCUGGAACGCUUUGAGAUGUUAUUUUGAUGUAAAACUAUUUUUCUCGCUUUAAUACAGUUUAGAAAUAACCAAGAUAUAGAAAGCUAAUCGUGCUGAGAUAAGCAAACAUACAGGCUUGUGAGACGUUCAUAUGUAACUUCCAAUAUUCAAAAUGUUAUUCACUGAAAUAUUCGAACUUAUGUUCUUUUUCUUGGAAAUGAGUUCAUGUGAACGAAACUUUAGAGCUUUUCACUAACCAAGGCCAGUAAACUCACUCAGCCUUCAUGUAGUAUUAUAUUAUACGGCCCCCACCAGUUUACAGUCAAGCUGGAGACACUAUAAUAGUUCAAUAGAAUAGUUUGGACGCGUAGUUUGAAACUUGACUCAUAUCUCGAUUGCAGACCUAACUUUUCAGUUUAUAAUCAAUACUUUUUUUAUCUAUCUCGGGUGCCACACAAUCUUACGUCCUUUACCUACUACUCCUUGCUUAAAUAUUUAAAUAAUAUACUAUAGUCAAUAAAGCAGUGUUUACAGUGUC